AUUUCACAAAAUUCAAUUUCAUUCGACAUUUCAAAUGUCAUUUCAUUGGUAUAUUUUCCAUUUUCACCAUGUUGGGGAUCGAACAUCAGUUUAUUUUGGGGGCGUACAGAAAUUAAAUACGUGGGUUUAAUCAUUACACUAUGAAUUAAACGUUAAACUAUCUACGAUACCAUUACGUGAACUAAAAUGGCACAAUCUACUUUUAGUGGAGUCGACGAAUAUGGGUUUGAAAGGCAUGAGGAUUUUGACUACGACAACUACGAGCACUUUAUGUCUGUGUACCUAAAGGUUCUUGCAACCAGAGCGCAAAAAUGGUCUGUUCUACUUGGUGAAGGAAAGUCGGUCAAACGUACCAACACUGUCAAACGAUACGUACGGAAAGGAAUUCCUAGUGAACAUCGACCCUCAGUAUGGAUGGCAAUAUCAGAAGCCGACAAAAUGAAAGACCUAAGCCCAGAUUUGUUCCACAAGAUAUUAGAUGGGCCAUUUGAAAAAGAGCUGGUUGAUCUUGUAAAAACAGACUUGCCACGAACUUUCCCAGACAACAUAUACUUUACUAAAGAAGCUAAUCAUCAGACGCACCUGUUCAACAUUUUAAUAGCUUAUGCUCAUAGUAAUCGAGUGGUUGGUUACUGCCAGGGUCUCAAUUAUAUUGCAGGAUUACUUCUCCUGGCCACGAAAAGUGAAGAGACAUCAUUCUGGCUGCUCAAAGUGCUGGUUGAAAAGAUCCUACCCGACUACUACACGAAGACCAUGGAUGGUCUCAUUGUGGACAUUGAAGUCCUGUCAGAGUUGGUCAAGUCCAAAGUACCUGAUGUACAUCAGCAUGUAAUUAAUCUAGGCCUCCCAUGGGCCGUUAUAACUACCAAGUGGUUUGUGUGUCUAUUUGCCGAGGUUCUACCAAUAGAGACUGUCCUGCGGAUAUGGGACUGCCUUUUCUAUGAGGGCUCAAAAAUCCUGUUCAGGGUGUGUUUGACUCUGAUCAAGGCUAACAGGGCAUCUAUACUGGCGUGCAAUGACUUCACCACUCUGGCGGAAUGUUUCAAAGCAAUCGUGAAAAACGCCAGCGCGUUACAUUGCCACGAAUUUAUGCAGUCAAUUUUCAAAGUACCUGGAACUCUAUCGAACACAACGAUCGCCAAGCUGAGGGCGCGGUUCGCCAAGCAGCGCCGGGAGCAACAGCAGAAGGAGCCCCGAUGAGCCGCCGCCCGAACAGAUUCGAUCUCAACCUUAUUGAUGCAAUAAACCAAAUGUAUACCUCUUUCCUUCGAGGGAUUAAGUCUUACGACACUAGGUUUAUAUCAAAAACUAAUUAUGGACCUGCAAUUAACUCCUAUUGCAUGUUUCCAAAAAUUAUUCGUAAGUGUUAAAAAUUCAGUCAAAGCUGGCAUUUUUAAUAAUAGAACAGUAAUUUUUACAAAUAUAGGAUUAAGUUAUGACAAACAAAAUCUAUCUCUCAUUUUGUGUAUUUCGGAUAGCGUUUCCAUUAAUAUAAAUCUUUCAAAUAAUUCUACUAUAAUUUUUAAGGCUGGAUACUGUCAGACAUGCUGUAUUAAAAUAAUUUAGCCAAAUGAUUUUAUCUCAGUUAAUCGGUCCAAAUUAUAUAGCAUAACCGCUGAGAAUGUAAUCGGGAAACACAAAGAUGAGGGCCAGAAAUUAUCAUACUCCAUUCAUUUAUAAGAGUUUGUCUAAAAAAAUUUGAUGGAUUCUGUGCUUUUGCUAGAUAGGGUUGUACGUGGUAAUGCCAAUUGAUUUGACAAGUAUAGUUGCAUUUUGAAUUUUGAACAAAGUUUGAUUUUAAAUAUACAUAUUUGAAUAAUAAAAAAGUUGUAAUAGAAUCCGACUACAGAUUAUAUGUAUAGGUCGUCCUUGUUCUAUUUCAAAUAAAUCCUGAGUGAACUGCACUUUCAAGUAACUGAUUGUGUUACUAUGGUACAAGCUGGGUUGAGUUCCCCUUUAGAAACUGAAACAAACUAAAUCUUUUUAAAACACCUCUUAUAUUCAAUUAAAAUGAGCCAUAUUUAAAAGCGUGCCACCUUCAACAUAUUUACAAUGUGCACAGUUGCAUUUUUCUAUGACUUUUUUAUGUUUCUCACUGUACACAUUAUAUUUUCUGUAGACGGGUAAUUAUGACGAACACAUGACAAAGUAUAUUUGAAUAAUGUGCGCUUAAAUAAGUAUUUUGUAAGUUUUAUGUUAGGUGUUUUUGCAUAUCACUGCAUUGAAUUAUUUCGUUGCGCUGUAUUGUUAUUGUUAUUAAUAAAACUGAGAUAACUGAUGCUUUUUAUAAAAUCCUGUAAGUAUAAACUAUUAUUAAAUAUAUUUACGUAAUAUUUUGAACAACACCAUUAGUAUUUCUGUAGGCAAAGCCUUUAGAGUUUAAUUCAUAGAAAUUUAGACAUAGUCUAUGUAUUUACAAAUGUGUUUCAUGCUAUGAAUGUUAUACAUUCUCACUGACAAUAAGCAUUACAUAUCUUUAUGCAGUGGUGUUAUUUUAUUGUAGGUUUUGCUCAAUGGAAUAAUUUGCAUGUUAUAGUAAAGGAUUUGUUUCGUAUUUUUGGCAAAAAUAAAUAUUAACAUAGAAUAAGAAAGUGAUCCCUCCACUUUUUCACUUCUCGCUUCCCAUUUGGAAGUUAAAUUUUCUUAGUUAUCGAGUGUGUAUUAUCGUGUUGCAGAGUCAGUGGAUUAGUCCAUGGAUUUAUUGAACUAACGCCCCCAGAUGGCACCCAGGACCAAUGGCUUAUGAUGCCUUCUGAUGCACUGAAUAAUAUUUCACUUUAAAAAUUCUAGUUUACUAUAAAAUAAAAAAGACUUGAUUACUACUUUUUGAUCAUGGAGGCAGUUAACAUAAUAAUGUGUUAUAGUUAUCAAGAAAUACCAUAAAUAUUCAGCCUAUAACAUAACAUUAUAUAUACUUAGGUUCUUUAAAAUUUCUUGGUUAGACCGUUUGAUUAAAAAACGAAAUAUAAAACUUAAAAUCAUCAUCUAUAAUUACACAAAAUACUUAAAAUAUUUCUGGAGGUACUUUUUAUAAUAUCUAAGUAGGAUCUAGUACAUCCUUACAUAGCAUAAAUCCUAUACAUGUAAUUGCUAUUUUAAUAAAAUUGUAUAAAAGAACUUUAAGAUGAACUUUUUAAUACUUAGUAAUGUAUUUUUGUAAAGAUUUUUUCUAUCAAUGGCUCCCUAGUAUUGUUGGUGUCAAUGUGCUGUGAAUUACCUUUAGCAUGCUGUCUCUAAAAUGCCUGAAUCCACUUUGAGUAUUGCCAUAAUACAUAUUUGGAUGUUUCAAUGUAAACUGAAUAGAUUAUUGAUAUGUUGAAAA